UCUAGUACAACUGGACGGUUGUUGGAGGUGUUACACUUUUGCCUGACAGACGUGAACGACAGAAACAGCUGCCACAUGGAAAGGUAUACUACAUGGGAAUUUCAUACUGGAAUUUGGAGCUAUCAGUGCAAGUCCCGCUGCCACAUCAAGCAGAUGUACCACAUGGAAGACUUUCAAAGUCAAAGGGCAAUGCACUAACUUGCAAAGAAAAUCACUUGUUAUCUACCCUGAUCUCAAUGUCUUGGGUAAUUUACAGGUACAGUUUAAUUAAUCCCAGGAGCAGUCCAGUGCUCAAAAGGCAGGUGAGGGUAUGCAGACCAAAGGAUGAAUGGACAGCUGGACAGCCUGUGCACUUGAAAUAAAUGUUGCAAUUCCAGUCUUCAUUGCUUUUAACAUACACCUUUUCUGCUAUAAUGUGAGACUGGACAAAACAUUACUCCCUUCUCUAUAUUGGUGAACCGACUUUCUUCAUAAAGUUAAAGGGAACGCACAUAAACUGCUUAAUCGUUGCAGAAAGCCCAAAGCAAGGAUUGCACACUUCAAGGCUCUGCGGGAGAUUAUUGUCAAUGCUUUCUGUAAAAUAAAUGCAGGUUGAGAGAAAUCAAGACAGCCAGACAAGAAGCAUUACAGCAGCAUCUUCUAUGGCUAUGACAUAUAGGUUGCUCCAACACAUGGAGAUACUACCACAUGAAGAAGAUUCAUCAUAAAGAGACUUUCCAUUACAUGGAGCUCAUGUAGAAAGCACUGGUUUUGCUAUGAUAAAUUAUUUGGAUAUGCCUCUUAAAUGGACACGACUAGCUGAUUUAUAAAACAAAGUCUUGAAUAGCAGAAAUGGUUUUACUAUUUGAUAAUCAAACUCCUGAAGUCUCUGCUGACUGUUUCAACUGUACCAGGACUACAGAGCCAGUGAAUAUAACUAAAAUAAUUGCACUAGGUGCUGUGUUAGGAAUUUUUAUGAUCUUUGGAGUUCUGGGAAAUGUACUCGUAAUCCUGUCAGUGAUAUGUCAUAGACAUCUUCAGAGCGUUACUCAUUAUUUCAUAGUGAACUUAGCAAUUGCAGAUCUACUACUGAGCUCCACUGUACUUCCGUUCUCAGCUACCUUUGAGAUUCUGGGUUACUGGGUCUUUGGAAGAAUAUUCUGCAACAUCUGGGCAGCUCUUGAUGUCCUGUGCUGCACAGCCUCAAUAAUGAGCCUUUGUGUUAUCUCCGUAGAUCGAUACAUUGGAGUUAGCUAUCCACUAAGAUAUCCUACUAUAAUGACUGAAAGGAGAGGACUUUGGACCUUGCUUGGCCUUUGGGCCUUAUCAUUGGUUAUUUCUAUUGGACCUCUUUUUGGUUGGAAGGAACCAGCUCCAGAAGAUGAAACCAUCUGUAAAAUUACAGAGGAGCCUGGAUAUGCUUUAUUUUCCGCAUUUGGUUCCUUCUAUAUCCCCCUGACGAUUAUUCUCUUUAUGUACUGCAGAGUUUAUGUUGUAGCCAAGAGAGAAACUAAAGACUUAAGCUCUGGAUUGAAGACAGAAAAAUCUGACUCUGAAGAAGUAACUCUUAGAAUCCAUCGUAAAAAUACUCCAGAAGAAAGUGGAUCAACACCAAAUUCCAAAAAUAAGACAAUUUUUUCAAUACGACUUCUCAAGUUCUCCAGAGAGAAGAAGGCCGCCAAGACACUGGGAAUUGUUGUUGGCUGCUUUAUCCUCUGUUGGCUUCCAUUUUUCUUAGUGUUGCCAAUUGGUUCCAUCUUCCCUGCAAUCAAACCAUCGGACACAGUUUUUAAAAUUACAUUCUGGCUUGGAUACUUCAACAGCUGCAUAAACCCCAUUAUUUACCCUUGCUCAAGUCAUGAGUUUAAAAAGGCAUUCCAGAAUAUUCUGAAGGUACAGUGCACCCAUCGGAAACACCCACCAAGCAAGCAUUCCUCUAGUCAUAGCUUCUCGACUUCUCCGAGUCAAGGUCCCGAAGAGCAGAAAGAUAUUGUGUAUGUCCCUGCAGGUGCAGGCAACAGUUUUUACAGAAUUUGCAGACCUGACGGGGUAUGUGAAUGGAAACUUGUUUCAUCUGCACACACUGUUCCCAUAAAGCGAGUCAUCCCUAAGGGUAAAUCAAACUGUUUGUCUGCAAAAGUAACAAGCAAGACAUUGUUACGGGCUUGCUGCUGCAUCAGUCCUGCAGGCAACCACCAUGAAAAGCCUCCUGUGCCAACUAUUAAAAUCCACACUCUUUCCCUAAGUGACAGUGGUGAUGCUGUAUAGCAAGUUCUUUCCCUUUAAUGUACUCGCUUCUUUAGUUACCAUGGAAGUAUUUAGGACUCAAGGGACCAGCUUUGGAAGAUAACAUAAAUUUGAUAGAUUCUCAGCUGGCCCCAUGUCACACAGGCAGGUAUUCUGUCUGUGCCACAGGCGAUCCAAGUUCAGGAAUGGUUUCAAGCUGUUGGUAGGAUUGGCCAGUGGGAUAAGAUGAAUUAGCCACUGGCUAGCUCUUCUAUCCAGGGGGGCAGGUUUGGGAAAUCUGAUGCCUGUAAACCCUUUAGUGGGGGCCAGGAGCCACACAGGUCAUCUUCAGUUUACAGAGGGGGAACAAUAUCUUGAAAUCAUCUCAAUGGCCACUCAAACAGAUCGGGACUUUGUACAUCUGAUGUAUAAAUAACGGUGCCUAUCUCCACAUCCUCAAGUCUUCUUUAGAUUCAUGGUUGUCUCUCUCUCUGGCUAAAAGUUAAAACCUAUAAAAGUUGAUUUCCUUUGGAGCUGGGAGAUCCACCCAGUAAAUGAUUUGGGAUUGGGUGGGUGCAAAAGCCAGGGGGAUCAGCCUGUGUAGUGCAGUGUCAGAAGGGAGCUGAUUUAAUAAAUAAAUGCAUUUUUCUGAUGCAUCUUUAAAACAGAAUCUUCUGAACUACCUGCAAUUCUCAAAGGAGGACAUAGCAUGUCAUGCUCACCUUUGUAUUUUUACAGUCUAAAAAAAUGAACUUCAUAGAGAUGUUGCACAUCUGAAAAUAUUGCAUGACCUGUACUAAGAUCAGAUGAUAAAGUAUGCAUGAAUGAAAAAAAUGUUUGAAUGGAAUUGUAUGAAUUAGCACAAUAUCUGUUACCAAAUAAUUAUACUUUUUCUGCAAAAAUUAAUUUCUGGUACCACUAGCCAUAUUCAUUUUGCUAUAUUAUUUUCUCAAAGUCACCUUAAAAGAAAUGUUAUAUCUGUUUACGUAAUGAAUGAAAUCAAAUAAUUAAAUAUGGGCACCAGUCACAGAAAGGAAUAAUGUUUGGUUAUAUCUUGAUGGUGUCUUAGAUCAUUAGGUUUAAACAACUGGGGAAAUAUAGGGCAGAGGGAUUAUUAAAGUUCCUUCUAACAAAAACAGUAUGAAUAUUGCAGGAGUGAUGUGGUUGGAUUAGGCAGGCCACAAUGCUUGUACAUGCUGUCCUCCAACUAUAGCAACAAAGAACAAUGCCAGAUUAUAUAAGAAAUGUGAUUGUCAACUUCAUUCUGAAGCUGCAGGGUUCAAGAGAAUGACAGGCUCAAAUAAAUAAAUAUGUAGACAGCAAGUUUGUACAUGACUUUCUGUUUGAGCCAACAACAUUUAAAGGCAUUUCUUACUUAAAGUAUCAUGCAUUGCUGUUACAUUUCUUUGGUACAGUUUUGAUUAAAUGGCAUUAUACAGUAGCAAUUGCUUUAUGUGAUCUUAAUGACAAUGUAUUAUCAACAAGAAUACAUUUCCUGAAAUGUGUUUUUAGAUUAUAUUAAAUAUGCUACAAGGCUAGUCUAGCAUAUACUAUGCCUUAAUCGUACUAGCAGAUAAAAUCUUCAAGAGCAAUCACAGCCAAAGUUGCAUCAGUACAAUGGCUGAUCGACACAUACUAUAAAAGAUAAUUAGCAUGCUGAAAAUGGUAAGACCUGAGAAAACUACUAAUUAUUACAAAAAAACACUGUCGUGCAGGAACUUUGUAUGAAUUUGUUUGCUGAUUUUGCAAUAAUUUUAUUUAUUCUGUUUUGGAGAGUUUGAAUAUUGUGAAACAGAAUAACAUAUCUUACUUAUUUGAAAGCAACAGACUGGGUACACUAAGGUGUUACAGCAGUUAGACCUUUGCUUAUCCAGCUAGCUGAAGUCCAGCUUUCACAAACCUGUUUUAAGAUUUUAAUGCAAUAUCCAGAUGCAUGGUUUGCAGUUUGUUGGGUUUAUUCACAGUUUUUUCACUCUCCUAUGACUGCUUCCUUUAGUCAGGCAGGAUCAAUAGUUGUCAUGUACAUUUGCUACAAAACUAACCAAAGAAAAUGUGUAAUAAUGCACCUCUCAGUACAGCUGCUGCUUUCCUUUAUACAAACUAUGGCAAAUGGAGUCCUGCCAUGUUAUGAAUUCCUAAAAUUGUUCCCACCCCUAUUGAUGGUUGUGUUUACGCAGUUCACUAAAAAUAAAUUGCAUUACUAUCAUAACUAUGAAUUGAAUUUCUGGACAUUUCAAGGGUAUGUUUUUUGAACAUGUUAUUAUAUACUCGGUUGUAACUUGGUAGUGUCACAAGCUCUAUCAUAGAGGUUAUAAAGACAAGAGAAAAUGACCUUAUGGCUAAGUGACGUGUAUAAUGAAUGCGGUUUCAUGACAUUUGCAGGAUGCAUCCUACUAAUGUGAGACCAAAAUCUGAUGUGCAAAUUACAAGAAAAAAUAUAGUAAUAAGAAGAAAUGAAAAUUGUUUUCAAAAACAGUGGUACCUUCAUAGUUGUUUUGUUUUAAUUAUAUAGCCGUAUUGAUGACACAGGAAUAUAACACUGGUACAUGCUUCAUUUCAGCAGCUCAUAGUGUAACAGUGAGUAUUUUGCACACUUUAUCAUACAUAUCUCCAUCAAUGUUUGAACAACAGGGCCUGUCAAAAAUUGUUGCAUAUGUCUAUGCAUCGGUAUGUGUGUAAAUUCAUUAUUUCCAUCUGAGAAUAUAUCUCCUUCAUAGCCAGUUUUAAAACUGCAUAAAAUGACUCAAGUUCAAUGUACACCUACUGUGUUGGGAAAAAUAGCCAGCAUCUACAAAUUAUAGAACGUACAAGCAGUUAAAGAAAAGAAAGGAAACAAAGACUUGCACUAUGUUGAAUGCAAGUUUAGUAGUGUGUGCACUUUUCCAAUAAAAGCUAUCACAUUCAUUGAUAAAAUGCACUGCUAUUAAAUGAGGUCCCUCUGUUGUUCAAGACUUGCACUAAAUCCUAAAUGUGUCAUUUCCUACAUGAAGUGUUUUAAACAUUUUCUACAUUAAUUGCUUUGCAAGUUCACCUCUAUAUAGCAUAUAGAAUGAUAAGUAAAUGCAUAGAAUUUGAACUAUGUCAAAAUUCUUCUUAAAUGGAAUUCAUUUCAGGACUUAGUACAGCUAUGAAAUUUGGUGUAGUAAUAUUACAUUACACAGUAUAGAGCUAAUGCAUUUAUAAUGCUACAAGUUGCCUUUGCAAUAGUCAAAUCAGUGUCACAAAUGCAGGCAAAAUGGCCAAAUUAAAAUAAUAAUGCCUGCAAACAAUAAAGCAGUACUGGAGGGUAUGCUGACCAAUGAAUAGGCUUACAAGUUUCAUGCUGUUAUAGUUUAAACCUUGUAAUAUUCUGCAGUUCGUCUAUGUAUGUUUUUGCAGUAACAACCACUGCUAGUUUGGGCAUCUGCAGGAUCAGUCUGGUACCAAUUUUUGCAAUGUAGUAAGUUAAUUAAAAGCAUCAGGAAGGAGCACUGUCUUUUUCUGCUUCACUAAGAGAACACAUAGACUACUGAGAUGUUCGAAAACUAUAUUUCACAAUAGUUUUCUCAGAAAGCUCUGUUUUAAGUUAAUUUCUAUCACUUGCUACAUAAGAAUAAACACAAAUGCAGCUUGCUGAAGUCAGUACAUGGUUAUCCUGGGUACUCAUUACUGUAGCAUGUACAACCCAUGUUAUUUUAUUUUUAUAGUGAUGCACUUUGGCCUUCAGUGGCAGAAAUAGUCUGGCUCCUUCUUAUAACAAUGUA